AUGGAAGGCAAAGGCAAGUCUUUUAAUAUAUUUAUGUCUAUACCAGCUCUUGUAUCAAGACAAUUUGUUGAAAUGACUAAAACGAGGAUCGAGGGCCUUAUUGCAACUUUCCCAAAACUCAUAAGCGCAGGAAAGCAGCAUACGUUUGUGGAGACGGAAUCCGUCCGCUACGUUUACCAGCCACUUGAAAAACUUUUUGUUCUCUUAAUAACCACUAAAGCAAGCAACAUUCUUGAAGAUCUGGAAACUCUUAGAUUGUUUGCCCGAAUCCCAGAAUAUGCAUGUGGCACGGAUGAGGCAGACGUAUUGAAUAAUGCUUUUCAGCUUAUUUUUGCGUUUGAUGAGAUAAUUGCCUUGGGGUAUCGCGAAAAUGUUAAUAUUGGUCAGAUCCGGACGUACACCGAAAUGGAUUCUCAGGAAGAACGCAUUUAUCGUGCCGUCAGAGAGAAUCAAGAACGAGAAGCUAAAGAGAAUAUGAAGAGAAAAGCCAAGGAAUUGCAGCAG